AUGGAAGAGUCCCCGACGGCACUUGCGUCCAGUGUCGGAACGACCGAUGGAGGCUCUCUUCCAUCGUCCCCUGAGGACACGGGAAACUGGCAUCGGUCGCUGCAGAUAGACAUGAAGGGUCUUGUGGGGGAUGCCGUCGGUAAUAUGAGCAUCAGUCCCACAAGUCGCGAUGUAGUCCUGGCUGCUCGGCGUGGGCUUUACAUCAUCGACCUUGAAGCUCCUUUUGAGGUACCACGCUUCAUUCCGCAAGGAGGCACAUGGGACGUCGCAGACGUCCAAUGGAAUCCACAUGUCAGCCGUGCGGAGUACAUAGUCUCGACCUCGAGCGAGAAACUCUUGAUAUGGAACUUGAUGCAAACAGGGCCGACGUCCAUCCAGCAUGUGCUACAGUUCCAUUAUCGAGCGAUCACAGACAUCAACUGGCAUACAAGCGAACCGGACGUUGUCGUAAGUACGGGUAUCGACUCUUGGUUAUGGGCUUGGGAUUUGCGUCAGCCGCCGCAUAAGCCUGUUCUAGGCUUCUCAGCAUUCGAAGAUGCGGGCACGCAGGUCAAGUGGAAUCGCCAGGAUCCGCACAUACUCGCAUCAUCGCAUGGAAAUGCUGUUCUUAUAUGGGAUCGCCGGAAAGGCUCGCUUCCUGUAUCGAGAACAGUCGCGCACGCCGCCAAAAUAUACGGCAUUGACUGGUCCCACACUUCCCGACGCGAACUCAUUACUUGCUCGCUCGACAAAACGAUCAAAGUUUGGGAUUGUCAUUUGCCUGCGGCGGAACAGGCGUACGUACACGCCGACAGCAGAGACCAUAAUGGUCAACUGCGCAUGACCAUCAACACCGGAUAUCCCGUAUGGCGAGCUCGCGAUCUUCCAUUCGGUAAAGGCAUCCUGAGCCUUCCGCAAAGAGGAGAGACGGCUUUGGAGAUGUGGUCACAUGCCGAUGCGCAGCAACCCGUCGAGGCUUUCGAGGGGCACACCGACGUGGUCAAAGAGUUUGUCUGGCGGAGAGGUCAAAAUACUGGAGAUUUCCAGUUGAUUACUUGGUCCAAAGACCGCACUCUGCGUUUUUGGCCCAUAGAACCUGUUACCAUGGAGUCCGUUGGAUGCACUCCGCCCAACCACCCGGAACCUCGAGAACGCCCCAAGGACACUACAGUAUCGUUCCGCACUGUCCCAGAACCGGCCUACACGCCUCCUGCGAUUACCGCCCCCGUAGGCAACCUUGGAAUCCUUGACCAGGUGCGCGCCACCCUCCCCGGACGCCAGAUGCCGCACUCGCAGCGGAGCAAGGCCAUCGGCAGCGCCGUCAAGCUCUCGCCAACUCAACACCGCCGUAUCGGGGAGAAGCAUCCGAGGUGGGACGACGACUCGACCUUCGGCUCCGUGGGCGGAAAGACCGUUACGCCGGGCUCGCAGAGCACGCCGAUCGCCAUCGCAUCCCGCAAGGGCCCCACCAUGAGCCGCGGCAACUUCGGUGGCAAGUCGGCCAAGAUCGAGCCUACGACAUGGUUCACCAGCCUGAAGGUCGGAGCAAAGCGCGAUUCGAGUGGGGGGCCGCCGAGCGGAGAGAGCGGGAAUGUUUCUAGGACUAACUCCCGUUCGAGGCCACCUUCGCUUGGUCAGGCUGACAUGCCUAUUUUCUCGUCUCGUCGGCGCAGUGGGAGCAGAGACGACGAACCCAAAGAGCUGGACACCAACUCUGCUUUGCAUGAAGAGAUCAGUGCGGUUGUCACUAAACUCAAGGUCAAGUUCGAUAAUCCAGAGAGACAACGAAAGCGUACAUUCACUUUCGGCUUGCACGGCCCAUGGGGCCAAUCGGGAUCCGUCUUCUUCCGCGUUACUUUCAGCUUUCCACGUGGCUAUCCCCAAGACGGCAUACCGACGGUUGACCUCGAAAAGCAUAGUUCUAUCUCGCUCAGAAAUCAGCGAUACAUGCUAGCGCGGGUGCGAGAGAUACUUCAGCAGGAACGUCCUUGCUUAGAGCCGGCUUUGAGGUUCCUCCUAUAUGCGGACGCCAACGAUCCUCAUCCAACCUCCGAUGUGGAAUCGUCCGACGAUGACCAUGCAACCCCGAAAAGCCAAAAAGACAAAACGUUCACGCUUAUCCGGAACGUCAAGAAUCUUGCGGAACCGCGAACGUCGCAAGGCACAUUCAGCGUAGGCGGUCAAUUUGUGUGCUUCUUUCGCGCUCCGCCUCGGAUUGUACGGAACGCUCUGCAAGACCUGUCGAUGUCGUCCUCGAAUGUGGCUCGACCAGAAGAGACCCCGCGAAUGUUUCAGUCCCCUGCCUUGUUGUCUGACGCCGUCCGGCUCCUAUCCCUUGCGGCGAACGACCGCAACCCGUACCGUGACGCGAGAAUGCGCCACUCGAAACAUGCCGAAGAGAACGAACACAAAAUCCUGACCGUCAUGACCAACCUCCUGUCCGGCUCACAAGUGAAGCUGCGCCGUUUCUCCGAGAUCCGUCCGCCAUUAACCAGCAACUACUCCUUAUUCGGACAUCAACUGCUGAGCGUGGUGCACAUCCGCGACGUGUCGGAUAUUACCCGCAUGGACCAGGAGUGCGCGGCGGAAUACGGCUUUGGAAUAUCGGCGCUUGGGCUGAACGCUGCAAGUGCACAAGCGCUUGGAAGACCGGAUCACGAGCGGAUUUUCCGGAUGGUGGAGGCUAUUGCAACGAUACCAAAGGUUUCCAUCCCCAGCGGGAGAGUCUCGCGAGCGCCGGUGAUAGCUAUCUUACUGAAGAUAUAUGAGGACGUCGCGACGACCAGGGAUAUCCAUAUUUUGGCCAUCUUGGCCACUGUUCUCCUGGAAGGUUACCACAUAUCAGCUAGUGGUCAACCUUCCUAUACUCAGACUCCGCGGCCGGCCUCGCCCACGUCCGGUCAGGAUAGCCCACGUACGCCGCCCGGAGACUACUUUUCAGACAAGAAAGACAACAGAUCGAAGCAGCACGCGCCCAAUGCGAAAGGAACCGGCCCCGCACGGAUGCCUCCACAGGCUCCCUCCUCCGCUCCUCCUCUUUCUCCCUCGAACUCGUCACGCGGCUCAUGGUCCAGCUUGUUCAGUACGUCUCACAUGCGGCAGCUGGUCGCGGGGGGGCCGGCAGCGGAUAGCGACGAUGUCACGACUCCAACGGCGGCUGCCAUCCCGGUGCCAGGCGGCGGAUUGGGACGGCGGAGGAGAGAGUCCGACUCGCCGAUCGCUCCGGGGUUCGUCAACAAGGAUUCGCCGAGCACUGCGCCUCAAUCGUCUUCAGGGACUAAGUCCUGGAACGAGAUGGCGCUGGGGGCGGUAGUGGCGCUCGCCGCGUCCCAGAAGAAAGCGCCAGCGAAAUCGAAGAAUACGAAAGCCAAACGCACAGAGAAGCGGAUAUGCGCGGUGCUUCCGCCGGCGUCGACGCCUAUGAGCAUAUUCACAGUCAAACCAGAGCUCCGCGAGCAGCUCGUUCACCAUAUCAUCGUCUAUGCUAACAUUCUGUUUUCUUGGGGUUUACUCGACAAACGAGCAGAGAUCCUCAAAUUUGCCGCGUCGGCGCUCCAGACUUCGCCGGAUAGGCGACCGACGUCUUGGUUUGUCGAAAAGGAGGCUUUAUCGGACUCCAGUACAGACGAUGUACCUGCUAUGACAUUAACAUCUCCUUGACAUACGGGCAAUCUUGGAAGUAAAGGAUUCAGGGAUUUCCUUACCCAACUU